AUUAUAUCUAGGUGAAUAGACAUCUACCCACCUAGAAACAUGAAAAUAUGGACAACAGCAAAUAAUAAUAGUGUAGAGAUUUUUAUUCAGUUAGUUAGCUGUAAAUUCGUGUUGAUAAUCCUGAAGAUGAGGUGAUCACAUGAUUUGGAAAAGAAUAUCUCUUGAUAAUACUAUUCAACGGCAUGUUUGCAUCAUUGUUGUGCAUUUCUCGAAGACGAUGAAACGAAAACAAAUAGCAUAGGAGAUCGGUAUAUGCCAAUAGAUCGAACGACACUUUUUAAUGAUAUUGUGGUGGUAGUGGUGUGAUACAGACAACGGGGUUGCAACGGAAUAUGAUCGUCAAAUAUUCCCACAGUUCACUAUUGCGUUGGGAACAGAAUACGGUUUAUCUAUUUGAACAUUCUAUUUCAUGUCGCUUAAUGUAAACCAAAACCAUACACUCAGUAAUUGGUUAAAGAAUAUAAACUCCUAGCUGCUCUCCAUCUGAUCUAUCUAAUUUUGCUGAUGAAUUCACCAUGUUUGCUGCUGCCAACUUCGACAACUCUCUAUCCGUUAUUACUGGAGACUUCAACACAUCAGAUUGCUCCUUUCUUGAAGCUCUUGGUCACACAAAUAUAGUCAAAUUUCCCACUCGACUUGACAAAACCCUUGACUUGGUUUUUACCAAUGAUGAAGGAGUAUAUGAAACACGUAGACGUUCACCGAUACAUAACUCCGAUCACUGCAUUGUCCGCGUUUUGCCAAAAAUAUACAGCAAAACACAUAUUAAAAUCUUCUCACACCUGUCCACGAAGGCACAACAAAGAAGCUACACAUCUGACAACUUACUCAAUCUAAGAUGCAUGUUAAAAGAUACCAACUGGGAUCUAUUCUAUGAAAGUACAUUAGAUGACUCAAUCACCAAUAUAAUGGAUUAUCUCAAGUUCUGCCUUGACAUAUGCUGUCCCAAACAAACACUGUUCAAACGCCUCGACCGCUUUUCGUCUCCCCAUCUCAAACAACUUCGCAGGCAAAAAGAAAUGUUAUAUAAAUGCAAAGACAAGUUAGGACUUAAAAAGAUAAAUGCUCAAAUCAAAUCUGAAAUCAAAAAUCUUAAUGCUAUCUAUAACCAAACACUUUUAUCAUGCAAAUCUCCAAACAGCAUGUGGAAACUUUUCAAUGAAAUUACUGGCAAUAGUAAGCGAUGUAAUGUUUUUCCCUCUUGUGAUGUUAAUGCUCUUAAUCUGUCUUUUAUACGCUCUCCUUCUACUAUAACCACUUCUAAUGUUACCAAUCUUGUAGCUGAUAACUUCCAGGACUUCAAUACUCUCGAUGUUUUGAAAUGUCUUAAAACUCUUAAGCCCUCACAUAGUCUUGGCCCUGAUGGCAUACCUGCAUAUGUCCUAAAACAAUGUGCAGAUGCUUUAUGUUCUCCUCUAACUAAUAUCCUAAAUGCUUCUUUCUCCGAAAACGUUGUACCUGUUCCAUGGAAAGACAUUAAAAUAGUCCCUGUCCCUAAACCUGGAAAUAGCAAGAACGUAAAGUUCAGACCCAUCGCCAUCACUUCCCCGUUUCUAAAGCUCAUGGAAAAACUAAUACUUCUUAAACUCGAACCCUCCCUUAAAAGCUUCGAAGACCCCAAACAAUUUGCCUACAGACAGGGUAGGAGUACUUUAGACGCUGCAGCCGUCUUACACAACAGUAUUGUCUCAUCAUUAGACAAAGGUGCCAAAUAUGUCCGCUGCACGUUUCUUGACUUUACUUCUGCUUUCGACUCUGUACCUAGAAGUCUCUUGCUAAAUAAGCUCUCCACGACACAAACCGAGUCUUGGGUCACUAAGUGGUUGCAUUCCUACUUUUCAAACAGAAUGCAGUACACCGUAUACAAAGGUCAAUCCUCCUCUGCUGUGCUCACUGAAGCUGGUGUCCCCCAAGGUGCUGUACUCUCCCCACUUCUCUUUUCAUUCUUCCUACAUGACCUACCGUCUUCAAAUGAUAUUAACUUUGUCAAAUAUGCUGAUGACCUAACUGUAUCUUUACCUGUCAAAUGUCAAAAUGACUGCUCUAAACUAAAUGGCUUCUUAUCAGAAAUUAGCCAAUGGUCCAAGGAAAACGGUCUAACCUUAAACCCCUCCAAAUGCCAAACAGUUAAUUUCACCUUUAGGCAUAAAUCUGACCUAAACAAACUGGUUAGCACUCACGAGGUGUGCAACAUAGAUGGCACUGAAAUAGAAACUAAGUCGGAAAUUAAAUACCUAGGCGUCACUCUAUCUUCUGAUCUUUCCUGGUCGUCUCAUAUCUUGACGAUUUCCAAGAAAAUAUACCGUCUUACCUUCUACAUCAAGAAGUUAAGACAUUCUGGUGUAACCCAACCCUUACUACUACAAUUUGUUAACUCCCGUAUUCUGCCUAUAAUUCUCUAUUGCUCCCCCUUAGUCUUUCCUGGGCUAUUGAAGAAAGACUAUACCUUAUUACGUAGGAUGUUAAAGGUUGUCAGCAGGGUAAGCAGUUUACCACUUAGCCAGCUUGUUAACAUUCUGGUGGACAGGCACAUGGACUCAUGUGAAAAAUGGGCGAAGUCCAUUUUAUCUGACUCACAACACCCUCUACACUCACAACUCUCCCCAUGUAUCUCUUCAGGGAAAACAAGAAGUCUAUAUAGGAAACUAUAUGCCCGCACUAGUAAGUACAAAAACUCAUCCAUACCCUACCUAGCCCGUGUUCUGUGUGAUAAAGAAUGCAUCAGGCAUGAAACCUUUAACUUAUUAAAUAGUCACUAGAACCAAUGAAUCUCGUCUUUCCAACUCACAUCAUUUAUAGGUACAACGUUUUCUCUCUUUUCCAUUCUCUCUACCUUUUUUGUCUUUAUUUUUGUUAAGUGCUGUUUUGUUUUUCUCUUCCUUGCAAACUCUACUUAAAACAUUCUUGUUGUUCUUUUACACUCUGUAUAUCUCGACCAUUUUGCUAUCGCUUACGCCAGUAAAUAUGCUAGUAGUAUCUACUUUUGUAACACCUUCAAACAUUUUAAUUU